GUUUAAAUUUUGCUCUCUAGACAGGAGAUUUGUAGUGAAAUAUACAUAAACCACACGGAGGUAUUUUACUGGUUGUAGCAUAUGCCUCCUCCCCUCGGCGGGACUCGUUUUCCAGAAACUGCGGCUUCUUGAGGCCCCAGAACGAAUUUCCGGGCGCAAGAGGUGGAAGAGUGGUGCUGGGGGUCAGGAGGCGGAGGUCAGAGGACAAAAUUGGCGGGAGAAUGGGUUCGUGGUCCACGAUCUGAAGCAGCUGCGGCUCUUCGAGGUCCAUUAUCCCGGGAGUAACUGAGGACUCCUUCUCUUCGGAAAGCUGACAGGACCAAAACGUAGGCGUUGCCAAAGCGGUGACAGAAGAAAUCUCAGGAGAAAGCAUCUUGCCUUGGCAGCUGCUGAGCCCGCCAUGGCUCCUGUGAAGAUUAGCCACGUGGUGUCAUUUUCAUCUCAGGAUCCCAAAUAUCCGGUGGCGAACUUGCUGAACCCAGACAGUCAGAGGGGACCUUGGCUCAGCUGCCCUCGGGACAAGAGUGGACAACUGAAAGUGGAGCUUCAGCUAGAGAGGGCAGUGCCCAUCGGCUACAUUGACGUGGGUAACUGUGGCUGUGCUUUCCUGCAGAUUGAUGUGGGUCGUUCGUCCUGGUCCCUGGACAGGCCUUUUGUCACCCUGCUCCCUGCAACCAUGCUGAUGUCCCUGGCUGACUCAAAGCAGGGGAAAAACCGCUCGGGGGUCCGCAUGUUUAAAGAUGACGACUUCUUGGCUCCGGCCUCAGGCGAGUCAUGGGAUCGACUUCGCCUGACCUGCUCCCAGCCCUUCACGCGUCACCAGUCCUUCGGCCUGGCCUUCCUGCGGGUGUGCUCCUCUCUGGACUCCUCGGGCGACCCUGCGGUGGGGCCCUCGGGCCCUGUGAACGCGGGGCCGAGCCAGGGCUCUUCCGAUGCGCAGGAGCCUGGUCCCAGCCCCUGGCUGGCUAAUCCUUCCAUCCGGAGGACGUUCUUCCCAGAUCCUCAAACGAGCACCAGGGAGAUUUCGGAGCUCAGGAGCAUCCUACAGCAGCUGCAGCCGGGGACGCUGGGCCGUUCCGCCUGCAUGGUGCUUUCUGCUGCCCGCAAGGCACCUCCAGCCCGUGUGGCAGACCCACACACCCGCCAAGAAGAACCAGGUCCCAGGCAUCGAGGCAGUGCAGAGUCCAGACCGGAGGAGCAAAACUCAGGGAAUGACGCGGGCAGGACGAAGAGGCGCAAAGUGCAGGCCCGCAGGCCUGUGUCCAGCUCGAACCCUCAGGCACAGCGGAAGGAGCCAGCAAAGGCAGGCCGGAGAGAACGCCGUCCACCCCGGGCCCGAAGCAGCGGUGCCCAGGAGAGGGGACAGUGCCCCAUUUGCACAGGCUCCUUCAGCCUGGAGGUGCUCCCCCAGCACGCCGCCACUUGUGGGGAGACCGCCUCUCCCUCGUCGUCACCGUCUGCCUCACCAGCGGAACUCUGGGUCCAGUGCGCCAGCCUGCCACCCCACCCCCUCUGCUUCCUCAUCCAGCCUCCGCCUAACUGGCCCGAGAUUGUGAACAGAAAGCUCCAGUUCCCACCUCCACUGCUGGGUGCCAUCCAGGAGGGGCGGCUGGGCCUGGUGCAGCAGCUGCUGGAGUCGGGGGCAGAGGCCCCGGGGGGCGGGCCAGGCGGGCCCCCGUGGAACGUGGAGGAGGCCGAGGACCGCUCCUGGAGGGAGGCCCUCAAUCUGGCCAUCCGCCUGGGCCACGAGGCCAUCACCGACGUGCUGUUGGCCAAUGUCAAGUUCGACUUCCGGCAGAUCCACGAGGCCCUGCUCGUGGCGGUGGACACGAACCAGCCGGCCGUGGUGCGCCGCCUGCUGGCCCGGCUGGAACGCGAGAAGGGCCGCAAGGUGGACACCAGGUCUUUCUCGCUGGCGUUCUUUGACUCCUCGAUCGAUGGCUCCCGCUUCGCCCCGGGGGUCACCCCGCUCACCCUGGCCUGCCAGAAGGACCUGUAUGAGAUCGCACAGCUGCUCAUGGACCAGGGCCACACCAUCGCCCGGCCCCACCCGGUCUCCUGUGCCUGCCUCGAGUGCAGCAACGCCCGCCGCUACGACCUCCUCAAGUUCUCCCUGUCGCGUAUCAACACCUACCGCGGCAUCGCCAGCCGCGCCCACCUCUCACUGGCCAGCGAGGAUGCCCUGCUGGCCGCCUUCCAGCUCAGCCGCGAGCUCAGGUGCCUUGCCCGCAAGGAGCCCGAGUUUAAGCCCGAGUACAUCGCCCUGGAGUCGCUGAGCCAGGACUACGGCUUCGAACUGCUGGGCAUGUGCCGGAACCAGAGCGAGGUCACGGCGGUGCUCAAUGACCUGGGCACGGACAGCGGGGCGGAGCCCGAGGCCGAGGGCCUGGGCCAGGCCUUUGAGGAGGGCAUCCCCAACCUGGCGAGGCUGCGACUGGCCGUCAACUACAACCAGAAGCGGUUUGUAGCGCACCCCAUCUGCCAGCAAGUCCUGUCCUCCAUCUGGUGCGGGAACCUGGCCGGCUGGCGCGGGAGCACCAUCGUCUGGAAGCUCUUCGUGGCCUUGCUCAUCUUCCUCGCCAUGCCCUUCCUCUGCCUUGGCUACUGGCUGGCGCCGAAGUCCCGGCUGGGCCGCCUGCUGAAGAUCCCCGUGCUGAAGUUCCUGCUGCACUCGGCCUCCUACCUGUGGUUCCUCCUCUUCCUGCUGGGAGAGUCCCUGGCCAUGGAGACGCAGCUCAGUACCUUCCACGGCCGCAGCCGGAGCGUCUGGGAGACUUCACUACACAUGGUUUGGGUCACAGGCUUCCUGUGGUUCGAGUGCAAGGAAGUGUGGAUCGAGGGCCUGCGCAGUUACCUCCUGGACUGGUGGAACUUCCUGGACAUGGUCAUCCUGUCCCUGUACCUGGCGGCCUUCGCUCUGCGCCUCCUCCUGGCCGGGCUGGCCCAUGUGCACUGCAAGGACGCGCCAGACGGGGCCGCCUGCCGCUACUUCACCACGGCCGAGCGGAGCGAGUGGCGCACGGAGGACCCCCAGUUCUUGGCCGAGGUGCUCUUCGCUGUCACCAGCAUGCUCAGCUUCACCCGCCUGGCCUACAUCCUGCCGGCCCACGAGUCGCUGGGCACCCUGCAGAUUUCCAUCGGCAGGAUGAUUGACGACAUGAUCCGGUUCAUGUUCAUCCUCAUGAUCAUCCUGACAGCCUUCCUCUGCGGCCUCAACAACAUCUACGUGCCCUACCAGGAGACAGAGCGGCUGGGCAAGUUCAACGAGACCUUGCAGUUUCUGUUCUGGACCAUGUUGGGCAUGGAGGAGCGCAGCGUGGUCGACAUGCCCCAGUUUCCGGUGCCCGAGUUCGUGGGCCGCGCGCUCUACGGCAUCUUCACCAUCGUCAUGGUCGUCGUGCUGCUCAACAUGCUCAUCGCCAUGAUCACCGGCUCCUUCCAGAAGAUCGAGGACGCUGCUGACGUGGAGUGGAAGUUCGCUCGCUCCAAGCUCUACUUGUCCUACUUCCGAGAGGGCCUGACGCUACCCGUGCCCUUCAACAUCCUGCCGUCCCCCAAGGCCGUCUUCUACCUUCUCAGGCGGAUCUUCCGGUUCAUUUGCUGUUGCUGCUCCUGCUGCAAAGCCAAGAGGCCAGACCACCCCCCAGUCCCCAUCUUUGCCAAUCCCGGGGCGGGGCCAGGGUCCGGGGAGGGCGAGCCCGGAUCCUACCGCCUUCGCGUCCUCAAGGCCCUGGUACAGCGCUACAUCGAGACCGCCCGGCGCGAGUUCGAGGAGACCCGUCGCAAAGAUCUGGGCAACAGACUGACCGAGCUGACCAAGACGGUGUCUCGACUGCAAAGCGAGGUGGCGGGCGUGCACCAGGCACUGGUGGAAGGAGGGAUGCGCCGGCCACCCGAUGGUGCCAGCAUCCUCAGCCGCUACAUCACCAGAGUGCGCAACAGCUUCCAGAACCUGGGCCCCCCCAUCCCUGAGACCCCGGAGCUGACAGUGCCAGGGGUUGUAGGGACCCAGGUGACCUCAGAAAUGGGGCUUCCGGACGCUGGAGGGGCUAGGCGUCCAGCUUCUGGAGAGUCUGGCCCUGCCUCCCCAGCUCACGUGCUGGUGCACAGGGAGCAGGAAUCAGAGCAGGCUGGGGACCUGGCCAAGGCAGACGAGCUGGGAGUCAAGGAGGACGAGCUGGGAGCCAAGGAGGGGUCCUGAUGCAGGGAAAGGGUCCCUGCUGAGGAGAGCAGCCUGGGUGGUGAGUGGGUGGGGUCUCCUGGUAGGAGCCCAUAUGUUC